UGUGGCUGAGGAGAGCGGGGAGAAGGGAGCCUGUGUGGCACACCGAGCUGAGCACCCAAUCAGGCACCUCCGUGUCGUGCUCAAGCCAAUCGGCAGCCUGCAGCCGAGGUUAAAGAUUGACAAUUGCAGGAGAGAGCAGAAGGGAGAGAAGGCCUUCUGGGAAACCUGGACCCAUCUUUUCCCUCAUCCCCCAACGGCCUCAAUAAUUGAAAAAGAUUAAAGAAUAGGCUGAAGAAUCUGUGUGUGAGAAAGGAGAAAGGAGUGAGUAAAGUAAAAAUUGGCAAAAUGGAAACCAUCUGAACGGUGAGGCCGAUGCAUCUGCUGUGGUAUCACAGAAAAUGGCAACAAUAAUAGGAUCGACAGCAGGGCGCCUGCACACCAAGCGUGGCAGAGGUCGAGGGAAAAACUGAGAAUACAGCAGAAGGAAUGGAGAUCUCAACACGGUCCAAAGACACGGGGUCAGCAGAGCGGAUGACCCAAAAACGAAAGAUGCCAAGUCCUUCUCACUCAUCAAAUGGUCACUCAUCUGCUGAAACCUCCCCCUGUCCAAUGAAAAAGAAGAAGAAACCAGGUGCUCUUAGCAGCAGCAAGGACCAGUCAGAACUAAGACAUGGUCCCUUUUACUAUGUGAAGCAGCCAGCACUCACCACAGACCCUGUUGAUGUUGUACCGCAGGACGGCAGGAAUGACUUCUACUGCUGGCUGUGCCACCGCGAGGGCCAGGUGCUCUGCUGUGAGCUCUGCCCCAGGGUGUACCACGCCAAGUGCCUCAAACUACCAGCCGAGCCAGAGGGCGACUGGUUCUGUCCGGAGUGUGAGAAAAUAACAGUUGCUGAGUGUAUAGAGACUCAGAGCAAAGCCAUGAUGAUGCUAACUAUAGACCAGCUGUCUUACCUACUAAAGUUUGCCCUUCAGAAGAUGAAACAGCCAGGUGAUCAUCCCCGCUUGUCAUCUCGCUCCCCCCAUGCAGCUUCCACGCAGAGAAAGACUUUUAAUUGGACUGAACCCUUCCAGAAACCCGUCUCUCUUGAACAGCAUCCGGAUUACGCAGAGUACAUUUUUCACCCCAUGGAUCUUUGCACACUAGAAAAGAAUAUUAAAAAGAAAACAUAUGGCUGCACAGAGGCAUUUUUGGCAGAUGCAAAAUGGAUUUUGCACAACUGUAUUAUAUACAAUGGAGGCAAUCACAAACUCACAGCAACUGCUAAAGUGAUAGUAAAAAUCUGUGAGCACGAGAUGAACGAGAUUGAAGUUUGUCCUGAGUGUUAUCUGUCUGCUUGCCAAAAGAGAGACAACUGGUUCUGUGAGCCUUGUAGUAACCCGCACCCUCUGGUGUGGGCCAAACUGAAAGGAUUUCCAUUCUGGCCUGCUAAAGCUCUGCGGGACAAAGAUGGACAGGUGGAUGCUCGCUUUUUUGGUCAGCAUGACAGGGCUUGGGUUCCUUUAAACAAUUGCUACCUUAUGUCCAAAGAGAUUCCAUUCUCUGUGAAGAAGACCAAAAGCAUCUUCAACAGUGCCAUGCAAGAGAUGGAGGUCUACGUGGAGAACAUGAGGAAGAAGUUUGGAGUCUUUAACUAUGCUCCCUUCAGGACACCCUAUACUCCUGACAACAAUUUCCAGAUGCUGCUGGAUCCCUCAAAUCCCUCAUCCACCCCCAUCAAACCUGAGAAACAGGAGAAGAUCAAGCUGAGCUUUGAUAUGACGGCAUCACCCAAGAUCCCUUUGGCCAGGACCAUAUUGUCUGCUGCUGGGAGCACAACAGGCCGGCGGCUCCCCCUCAGUGACAUGCCUCGCUCCCCCAUGAGCACCAACUCCUCUGCCCAUACAGGUUCGGAUGGGGAACAGGAGACGGCUGACAAGUCCCAGACAAAAGCAUCAAACAACCAGUACAGUGCGGGAGAAGAGUCCAUGGACUGCACAGCAUCACCUGCCCAUCCUCGACCUGGUCCAGCAGGCGGUUCCUUGGACAGCCCUAAACCAUUCCAUUCUCAAGCUCCUAGCAUCCCCAAGCAGGAGAAGACACCACCUACUGGAAGCAUUCUGAAUCUCAAUCUUGAUCGGAGUAAAGCAGAAAUGGACCUAAAGGAGCUCAGUGAAACUGUUCAGCAGAAACAAGGAGCCACACCGGUUCUCACCUCUCCAAAAAGACAGAUCAAAAGCCGUUUCCAGCUGAACUUGGACAAAACCAUUGAGAGCUGCAAGGCACAGCUGGGUAUCGAUGAGAUUUCUAUUGAUGUUUAUAAAGGUGAGGAACGCAGUGACUCAGAAGACUCUGAUAAAUCUGACACCAGUGACAGUGAGUAUGGCAGUGAUGACGAGCAAAAGACCAGGGACAGUCAGGAUGCAGCAACCAGUGAUGAAGCCCUGAAGGAGCCUACCAAAAGUAAAGUGAAAGACCAACCUUCCCCGUGCCAAGAUAAGGAGAGUAAAGCUGAUACGCUCAUGGGAUCCAAGUCUACAACAGGUGACGCCGCUGCAACGGCAUCAGAGGUUCCAACUAAAGAGAAAACAAGCACAGAUUCAGAAAAAGAGAGCCAAGAGAAGUCCAAAGCACCUCCAGCAUCACCUGGUCCCAGAGAGAAGUCUCAGGUGAAAGAGGACGCAAAGCAGUCUAUUCCAGUGGAGGAUUCUGACUCAGAGAGAGAGCUGGUUAUUGACCUUGGAGAGGAACAGGGAGGCAAGGACAGGAAGAGGAGCAGGAAAGACAACACCACUGUUAAAGAGUCAUCUGCUGGUAAACCUGAAGGUAAAGCCCUGACCCCACCGACACUUCCGUCUCAAAACAGUACAGCUCCUUCCACACCCUCCAGUGUUUCCACACAGUCCCCUAUGGCCAUUCCUGUCACCAUGAUCUCAUUCACUACUCCUUCUCCUGCAACCAUAAGCCUUACAACCGUGUCCAGUGCGACCACAACACCCCCCUCUUCCUCCUCCCCCUCAGCGGCUGCCACACCAGCGUUGAAGAAACAGCGGCCCCUGCUGCCCAGAGAGACGGUACCAGUGGUGCAGAGAGCUGUGGUAUACAAUCCCACUGCCAAAUUUCAGGCCUCCUCUCAGAAGUGGCACGUGCAGAAGAACCAGCAACCUGGCGCAACCACACAGAUGCAGGCGUCGUCUCCCAGGCAAGGCCAAGCUCAAGUGUUGACCCAGACACAGACUGCUGGGAAUGGCUUGACAGCGGUAUCCUCCUCGUCAGCACAGCAGGCUUCACAAAGUACACGCUAUCAGACCAGACAGGCUGUUAAAGCUGUUCAACAAAAAGACACCACACUCACCACAUCCACGUCAGCGGUCACCCUGGUAUCCAGUAGUCCAGCUUCGGUUGCCAUGAUGGCAGCGUCAAGCUUGGGCACAGCUGCUUCAUCUUCACCGGUGGAAACUGACCUGUAUAUUCCCACUGCCUCAGCAGAUGUGGCUGCAGACAUUGCCAAGUACACAAAUAAAAUAAUGGAUGCAAUCAAAGGUACAAUGACUGAAAUCUACAAUGAUCUUUCUAAGAGUACAUCAGGAAAUACAAUAGCAGAGAUCAGACGGCUGAGAAUUGAAAUAGAAAAAUUACAGUGGCUGCAUCAACAAGAGUUGUCAGAAAUGAAGCACAAUCUUGAGCUUACAAUGGCAGAGAUGAGGCAAAGUCUGGAACAGGAAAGAGAGAGGUUGGUGUCCGAGGUGAAGAAGCAGAUGGAGCUGGAAAAGCAGCAAGCAGUGGAUGAGACAAAGAAGAAACAAUGGUGUGCAAACUGCAGGAAAGAGGCCAUCUUCUAUUGCUGCUGGAACACCAGCUACUGUGAUUACCCCUGUCAGCAAGCCCACUGGCCAGAGCACAUGAAGUCCUGCACUCAGUCAGCCACAGCCCCGCAGCCAGAGCCUGAAGCUGAGUCGACAGCGGACCUCCCAAACAAAAGUUUAGGGCAAACCACCAGUGGCCCUAACUCUCUCAGAGACACACCUGUCUCUGCGCCAUCAGACAAAGACUGUGAAAUGGAGAAGAGCACUGAUAACGUUGCCGUCACUUUGUCCUAAUGGAGCUGACCGUACUUGAAAAUUUAAAUGUAUAGAUGUUUUUUUUCACUACUUGGAUAUGUUCAUGUAAAUUGUUCAGCUGUUAAGGGAGCAAUCUAGAUACUUUUUUAUUUAUAUAUUUUUGUUUGCCUUUCAGGGCUUAGAUACUGCCCCCCCCCCCCCCCCCCCCCCCCCCCCCCCAGUGCACAGUGGUCUUUGAAGCAUUUUAAAUGUGGAAACAACACUGACAGCAGAUAGUAACCACUAGAGGGGGCAGUUUAAAAAAUAUAUAUAUACUGCAUAUUCAUGCACUCUUACACAGUCUAUAGAGAGCUGUCAGUAUAAAGACUUUAAGAGCAUGCCUGAGUGUCACAAAACAUACACAUAGUGUAAAGGACAACAAUUAAAACAGUUUAAGACUGCUAAAAUGUAAACCAUGUUCAUGGACCACCUCAGCAUUAGGUUAGAGGACUGUUGACAGAAAUGUCUGUAAAUUACUUAUUUUGUAUUCUGUGUUAAUUUAUUUGUUAUUCUAAUGUUGCCUGCUGUAUACUGCAAAGAAAAUAACAAAUACAAGCAUUUUAAACAA